AUGGAAGCGCUCAAACAUACACAGAUACAGCCGGGGAAGAAAAGAUAUUCAAGAUUGGAGGAAAGGGGGAAAGGGGGAAAGGAUUUGGCGUAUUGAAAAAGGAAUGUGUGGAAGGAAACCUCAGCGAACAAUCCAUCCAUGAAUGAUCGAAUCUAAGUCCAGUGACAAGAAAAGAAGAAGAAGAAGACAGCGUUGUUUCUUAUAUCAGUAGCCGCGCCGCUUUCAGGAUUUGAAGAUUCUCGACUAGUUUCUUUUGGGAUUUUCUUUUCCCUUUUUUCUCUACUUCUCUCGGCAGAAGAAGUAAAUUGCAGGUUUCAUCUCCAUAGGUUUCGUUCGCCUCCGCGUUUUUCAUACGAUCCAGAAGAUCGAUUUCAGGUAUUCAAACCCUAGCUCUUGAUUUACAUGUUUUUUUGGUUGUAUUUCGUCGAUUGAGAAAAAAGGAGGGGAUCUGUUCCCUGUUGAUUGCCGAUUGCACCUUGGAUUACUAGUUCUGCUUGCAUGAAGAGCGAAGGCUUCGAUCGUUCACAGGAUCUUACAGGUUUUUCCAAGUUCAGAAGAGUAUAUUAUCAGCUCCAAGCAGUUGAAACAUGUUGAAGCCAAAACAGAGCGGACAAGGGAGUAAUAAUAGGGUUUCGAAGAACCGACUAAUAGAUGCGGUGCUUUUGUUGAUAGAAGCUUUCACGGUUAGGGUUUUGCCCUAGAUCGGUUCGGCCUGUAGGAAAUUUAGAUUUCGGCGAAGGAAGCUGCAACUUGAAAUGGAGCAACAUAGUUUUUGUUGUUGGCACUCGCCAUUCUCUAUGUUGGCCUGGAUUAUGUCUCUUUUGCUUCGCCUGCAAUCUCUGGGAUCUUCCUCAUGGAUCUGGGAUCUUCCUCAUGUGCGAAGAAACGCCUUCAUCCUGGAUCUUCCUCAUGGAUCUGGGUUCCAUGUGGCAGUGGCGUUUAUUUUGCUUUUGCUUCGAGCAUACCUUUCUAGAGUAGGCGAGCCUUCUCUAUUAUACAAUGAACGCAUAAGGAUUCCUUAUCUGCUUGGCGAAGGAGGUGUUAGUCGUGCUUCUUCUUGGCCUGCUUAUGUGAAUACCACGUAGUAAACACUCAAGGGCGCUGAUUACCAUAUCCUAAAAUAGUAUUAGGCCAACAGGAUCUAUCAUCUGCUGUUCGUCCAACUGGAUCUGUGCUGACUCCAUCCCCUAGUUUGUGCUAAACAUAGGUUUCCUAAUUAUUAUACUCUGUUUAUCUGCAGAAGGGGGACGCUUACCGUUGCUUCAUCUAUGUCUUCAGAGAUCUUGAGGACUUUUGGGGCUUUGACCAUAGGUGCAGGUUAUUGAGGAAACAUGGUCUUUGGCUGCUUUGAAUCCUGCUAUGGGUAUUAGGAAGUGGUCUGGUUCUUUGUUUUUUCCCAAACAGCAAGGACAAUGGGAAGUCUGAAUUAAUGAUUUGCUUUUGUUCUUGCACUGGGGGUCAAACCUCUUCUCUUGAGCUAAAUAGGAGAACUGGAGCGGCAUCCUGCAAUUUCUGUGGUGGCAAACAAUUAGUUGAUGGGAGGAAGUCAGAAUCUGGUAGCGUGCUAAGCACAGCAAGGCUGGAGCUUAAAAGUGUGGUCGAUCCUGACUUGACUUGGAAGACUGUUUCAAAAGGUAACAGGAGUGCAUCUAGGCGGGCUAGGAAACCUAUUCUUAGAAGCUCGAAGGGAAGCACAGAAUCAAUUGAUAAGGACAUAAGGGUUGAGGACAUGCCAAUUUCUGAAUCUGAGAAGCUUGGAGUAACCAUUCUUGGGCGCCGCUUCAGUGACAAAGUGGAGCAUGUACCGAUUAAGAAAAGGAGAUUUUUGUUCCGAUCUCCAUCACCACCCCCUCGGCCACCUUCUCCAUGCCCUGAUGAACCUGAGCAACUUGUAAAGAGUGAAAAUGCUCCGGGACGGGAGUCUUCUUGUAGUUCAGAAGUUGGAAAGCAGGUUAUGGAAGUUGGCACCGCUGAUUUGGGUCAAGUUGUUGAUGGUGAAGUUAUUAUUAAUGGGAAGACCCCAGAAGAAAUAAAUGAAAAGCUUGGUGACAGUGAAGAUUUCUCAGGUAUUUCAAUACUGGCAGCUGCUGCCUGUAAUAACAAUAUAGGAGGAAGCUCUACUAAUGCUGAAGAGGAUUCUUCGAUGCUUGAAGAAACUUCUGCAUGGGAAAGGCCUUCUCAAAUUGUGCUGAAUUCUGCAUUAUGCCUGCCAAAGGAAUUGCACAAGGACCAUUCCACCAACUAUUGUGAAACUUCAAAUAAAGGAACUGCCUCACAAGAAAUUACGGCCUCAUUACAGACAGCCAAUUCCUAUAAUAAGGAGAGCAUAUGUGGACUGAAAAUGGGGGACUCUUCUACAUCUGAUUCUUCACCUAUUUCUCAGGGCCUUCCAAGCAACAAUAUUGAUGGAGCACAGAGAAAGGUUGGGUCUUCUUCACGUGAUGAUAGGUCACAUUGGGACUUGAAUACUGUGAUGGAUGCAUGGGAGAAACCUUCUGAUGACCACAUUGUGGGUUCUGAGGAAAAUGUUGUUGAUAGUGUCUUCAAGGAUGUUAGAGACUGUGAAAAGCUGGAAAACUUGGAAAGUUGUGAUGUGCAGAGGGAGCCUGGAAGUACCAAAAAUGACAUUGAAAAGAUGGUUCAACCUAUGAAUGGCAGGGUGGUUGCUGGUGUUGCAGGUGACAACAUCUAUAGGUUGGCGGACUCUAAAAACUUGCCCACUGGGUCUGUUGAAACAACUACUGAGGAUCUUAAGCAGGAUGGAUGUUUUAAAACGACAUGCUCUGAGGAAAUGGUCAUGCUAUCUGAGAUGCAUAAUACUCAACAAGAGAGCUUAGUGGACCUGGGUGAAGAAACAAAACCCUCGCAUUUUCAGGAAAGUAUUGGCUUCAUUUCUGAAUCUGUUGCUGCUCCAUCUGCUAAAGUUCUGGAAUUUUCUUCCCCAAAUGCCUGUAGGAUGGAUGGUUGCAUCAAUAUUUCUGUCUGUCCUGAAGCUGAUCAUAAUACACCUGCACUAAUGCCUGAGAAAGAAAAAGAUACAACAUCCAAGGCAUCUUCUGGUGAGCAGACAGGAGAUGAAUUGGCUGCUGAUGUGCAAAAACGUGAAUCCCUUUACUUGAGGACCUCUCAGCUUGAGAAGCAUGAUGUUUUUCUCUCUGAUGCAGUGACCACAGAGAAGGUUAACUGUGAGAUUGAUGAUAGUCCAACUGAAGAUUGUGUGGGUGCUGUCAAAAGUCUUGAUCUGCAUGAUAAUGGAAAUGCCUCAAAGAAGAUGAAAACAGAUGUUAAGCAACUUGAUGACAAUACAAGUAAAGCGGACACCUCCUUAUCUUCAUAUAAUGGUGAGGAGUUCUCUAGUUGUAGUCCACCUGAUGGAAGAAGUAUACCGGAAGUUUCUGCUGAUACAAAGGUUCAGGAUGGGGAGGAUUUUGUUUCUGAUACUAAAAAAGGUAGUUCUCCUGACAAUGUUGAGUCUGAAAAGCUUAUACCCAAGUCAUCAGGACAGUCUAUUGUGUUGGAGGACACAUCAGAUGUUUUAACUUCUCAUGAGGCCUGCAAAAGCUAUGCUGAUGAUCUUGUAAAUAAUUCUGGCAAGAUUUCUUUAGAAGAAGACCAUUUUGAUGACAUCGAUUAUUACUCAGAUGUAUCUCAUGAUGAUCCUGAUCACAUAGUUGGGAUGGGAAAUGAGAUCGAACUUCAGGCAGGUUAUGAUUCUCAGUAUGAGGAUGGGGAAGUCAGGGAGUCUGUUUUACAUGCAUGGGAUGAAGAUGCUGGUGAAGAAGGUGAAACGGAGCAUGUCGACUAUGGAUCAGAUAACAGAGAUGCAUAUGGCUUUGACUCAUGGGCUGAUUAUCCUGUCUCGAUCUCUGUAGAAGCUGAACAUGGAGCAGAAUGCCAAAAUAACGAAUCCACUGCUGAUGAUUCUGUUGAUUGUAGUGGAGAACAAGUAAAGGAGAAGACUAUGCAAGAACCCAGUAGUCUUCCUGGCAUGAGAGGUUCAUCAAAGACAGAUAUUCUGGAAGCAGGAACUGGUAAGAAAGGUGCAGUGAUUGCGAAAAAACACUUAAGAGGACAAUCUGAACAAGAUGAUAAUUGUAAAUUUGAGAUGAAUGCUGAGGUUGAUAAAGACUUGGGUGCCAGUGCUGACAAGGUUAUGACGGAUAAUGAUCGUUGUUCCAGAAAAGGUGCUAUGAAGGAACCAAUGCAAUCAUUGAGUUCAAGGAUGAAAUUGUCUGGAUGGGAUCAGUUACCUGAAGAUCAUGAAGGUUCUGCAAAUAUGAUAAUGGAAAACAUAGAUGGCUGCUCCAAAAAGAUUCCUACCAGUUCUCGUGUUAAUGGACUUGAUGCUGGAGAAUCCAGGAGAGAGUGUCCAUCACGUAUUGAGGGGCUUACAUCUUCUGAUCGGUUACCUAGAAAGGAUAGAAUAUGUAUACAAGAAAACAGAUCCAACAAUCUUGAUCAUUCAAAUCCCAGAGUUGAAAGGGACCCAAGUCCUGCUAAAUUGACUGGAAGGGGUGGUGGUUUGUUUCAUGUGCAUGGAAGAGGGCGAGGAGGUGAUCGCUGGGUUGAUUCUUCCGCUCAUUGGGCACACGGUCGGCAUCGUUCUCCCAGUUUUGCACACUCUGGGCCAAAGAACGCUGCAGCAGCAGCAGCUGCAAAGGUGGAGAGCAGUGGCUUUGUUGUUGCUCCAGAUGGUACAGUUGUGAAAGCAGGUGGUUUGGGACCCAAUGUUCGGGUGCGCAGACAUUCUGUUAUUGCUUCUUCACAAGGUGUGCACCGAUCUUUUAUAAGACGAGGAUCACCAUCUGACAGGGAAGAUGCUUUUUGUAUGCAUAUGCGACUUGGUCCAGUAGGAGACAUGAGCCCUGAUAGGAACCUUACUGUUGGAAGGGGCAGGUCUGGAAGAUAUGGUCCAAGAGUGGUGGGUACAGGUCUGAGGGAGAAAUAUCAUGGGUCUGGGCCUGAUGAUUCUUCUAUGUGUAUGCAACACUCGAUAGUCCGAAGGGAACGAAGCUACUCUCCUGUUCAAAGAAGAGAAAGCAAUCAUCUCUCCCGGUCCCACACAAAAUCUCCAUCAAGAUCUAGGACUCGCUCUCCUCAUGUUUGGUCAUCAUCUCCCAGGGGAAGAAAUGGUGGUGGGGUUGGCAGUGGACCAGGUUUAAGAGAACGUAGUAGAUCUCCAAAUUUCAGGUCUGAUGCUAGAAUGGUUAGAGGGAGGUCCCCUCAUCGGCGGCCUGGAUUCUCAACACAACAUGAAAUAGGUUUUAUGACGACAUGUAGAAGUCGUGGGUCUCCACAACACUCUUCCAGAUGGAUUGAUGAUAGGAAAGACACAGUGGAUCAUUUUAGGGACCAUGGCUACAAGCAGCGGGCCCCAAUAUCGGAAAGGAGAUCACCUGGAAGGAUUUUUCCACGGAGUCAUAGGUUUGAUUCAGUGGGAUCUACAGGAAGAUUGAAACCAGAUGAGUACUAUAGACCAAUGCAUUCAGGAAGGUUUCCUGAAAUGGUUGGAGCUGGAAGAGGACCUAGGUAUGAGGAAAAUGAAGAUGAUAGAAGGAAAAAUGUGGAUAGAUUUGGGAUGUUACAUCCUGUAAGACGUUAUGAUACGGAUGGCUCUGUGAAGCGGUUCCAUUAUGAUGCAGAAGAUGGUUUUGCUGGGCAUAAUCUGCACAGUAAGGUUGCAACUGAGUUCAAUGGUAGAGGGAGUCCUAAGCACUAUGGCAGGAGUAUUGAUGCCAGGCUUGGGGAUGCCCCUAGGAGAUCUCGAGAAGAAAAAAGUCAUUUCAGAUAUGAUCGAGACUGGAAGUAUGGUGCAAAUGCCAAGUCAUUUCGUAUACGGGAGUUUGAUGAGGAUGUAGCACCUAGAAGACGAAUACCUUCUUGAUUUUUUGUAUACAGUGCCUUUUUCCUUUGGGUGCUUUUGCAGGUCAAUAUGGAGAUGUUGAACCUGGUGAACCUUUUUUUGUCCUGUCAGCAGGAAGGCAUCUCAAUCCUGCAGUUUUUGAUGUUGCAGUGCUUAUGGAACCACAUUGACUAUUAUGAUUUCUUUUGAAGAAUUUUGUCAAAGGCUCUUGAUAACCCAUACUUUAUUUCUUACUCUUUAUAUAUUUUUUUCCUUGUGGCCUAAUUUGAGUGAUGUAACCUCUCUUUAUCAGGCCUUGGAAAUAUUAUCAAUCAGUCAAAAAUUCAAUUUAUGCUUUGUCAAUCUUGUAUCCGAAUUAUGUUCUUAGUUUCUUUUCUUUUCUUUUCUUUUUUGUUUGUGUGGCAAAGGUGAUUAUGGGUCCAUGAAACUGCACCUUUCUUAACUGAUAAAAAAAAGAACCUGGCUUAGCUAUCAAUUUUAUGUCUACAGUUUCUGUUGACUGAAUACAAUCUUUCUCAAUUAGUUUGGAGUC